AACAAGGUCAUUGACGCGUCUGCCAUGGGCUCGAUGGCGAGAUUCAUCAAUCAUUCUUGCAGCCCCAAUUGCCACACGGAAAAAUGGACAGUCGGGGCCGAAACUCGUAUCGGCAUCAUGGCUUCUGAUAAUAUUCCUAAAGGAGCAGAAGUCACGUACAACUAUCAAUUCGAAUCUUUUGGCGGCAUGAAGCACAAAUGUCUCUGCGGAGCUCCGAACUGCAGCGGG